UGUUGGAUCGGAUGUUGAUUACAGUCCCCUGGACUAGGUAGGGCCUUACCUCUGAUGGGAGUUUAGGGUACAUUUUAUUACGUUACCUCAACACUUCUCAGCCUUCUAGGUCCACGAUACUGUUGUAAACCAUGGCGGACGACGAAUUAGAAGCAAUUAGGCAGCAAAGGAUGGCAGAGCUUCAGGCAAAGCACGGGGAUUCUUCAAAUAAUCAGCAGCAAGCAGAGGAGGCCAAACAAAGAGAAACAGAAAUGAGGAACUCUAUAUUGGCUCAAGUUCUGGACCAGUCUGCCCGUGCCAGAUUAAGCAAUCUUGCUUUGGUAAAACCGGAGAAGGCCAAUGCAGUUGAAAACUAUCUCAUUCAGAUGGUUCGUUUUGGAAAGUUACCAGGAAAGAUUACUGAGUCAGGCCUGAUCGAGAUUCUAGAAAAAGUCAGUCAGCAAACAGAGAAGAAAACAACUGUCACAUUCAACAGACGGAGAGUGAUGGACUCAGAUGAUGAGGAUGAUUACUAAUUUUAAACGGGAGCCCUGGGACAAGCCAAGAAAUCAGGAGAGGAUAUGCUUUUCUGGGACUCUGAUACUAUCUUUGACCUGUUAGCAGAAUCCUGGGAUGCCACACUUGCUUCUGUGUGUCUCUGGAAACUACAUUACCAAGAGCGGAGUUUACAUUGUGACAUAAGUGGUGGGGGGUAGAAUACACACGGUUUCAGACAAGGUGUUCUUUUGCGAUCUCUUUUCAAUCAAAUUGCUACAAAUUUGCUCUGCUUGUGUUGUACUCCUGACGGCUCAUGACACUGUUUGACUCCUCUAGUCUCUUUCAGUAGUUACUUUUUUUUCCCACCAUGUUUGACUUCCGUUGCUCAAUCAGAAAAAAGCUAGAUGAAUCUAGACUUUUCUGUGAAUACAAUACAUUGUUUUCUAUUUAGGGCCAGCAUCCCAUUCGCUCUGGAUGGUGCACUUGGAUUUAUUUCUUUUUGCGGACAUGUAUCUUGAAGGUUUACAUAAAAAACAUUAAAAAGCCUUAAAUUCAAAAGUUUGUUUCUCUGAUGAGCCAUCUCUGAAGUGUUCAACUCCCUUUUUAAAGGUUUACAUUUUGGGUUUUCACACAGACUGUGUUCUUUGGAUCAAGGCACACAGUUAUCACAGUUGUGACCAUGCUCAACACGAGAACAGAAGAAUGUUGCAGCUGCAUCACACAGUAUCCUCAUUACCAUAGAAAAAGCUGACAUACUGUUUCUUUAUUGUUGGUUGACUCUUUUUGCUAAAUCAACCAUUUAAAAUUUUGGAUUCCAAGAAUUAACAAAUGCCAAAUGUAUCCAACUACUUUUAAAAUAAAAAAAGCGUGACUGAGAAA